AAUUCGCAACACUAUUUCCAUUCCUCCAUUUUCGCUUGAGGGGGGGAUAUUCUUGGAGCAAGGCUUGACCUUGGUCAGUCAGAUACCAGCAAAGUGACGAGGGCGAGCUGACUUAACUCCGGCCUCGCUUAUUGAACUGAAAAAGGUGCAGAGUGCCCUUGAGCACAUCCGUCCUGAUCCAUGACUUAAGAGGGUGAAGUUCAACACGCGUGACACCGUAGAAUCAGAUGUCACGAAGUGAAAUUGAAAAUUACAUCAUCGGUUCGGGAGGCCCCGCAAUCGGCAACGGCGUGUCUUGGCAUCGCGAAACUUAGCCCCAAGACCGAGAGCGCCCCGGUGCUUCCUCCGACAACCGCAGUCCGCAUCCACGCUCCCAAUGUCGUCCGCGCCGGCCAAGGAAGACGCGCACCCGGCCGUCAAGGGGCCCAGCGCCCUGCGGUCCAUCCUCGCCGGCUCGACCGCCGGCGCAGUGGAAAUCGCGAUCACAUACCCGGCCGAAUUCGCCAAGACUCGGACACAGCUCAACCGCAGGCUAGCCGAGGGUCAGAAGCUGCCAUGGCCGCCAUUCGGCAGGCAGUGGUAUGCCGGGUGCACGACACUGAUCAUUGGCAACUCGGCCAAGGCUGGGAUCCCAACAAGAACAAGGGCUGACGGGGAACCUGCAGGAUUCGUCGCCUUCGACCAGUACAAGAAGCUCCUCGCCGACGCGGACGGCAAGAUGUCAGGUCCACGGACGGUGCUCGCAGGCUUCGGCGCCGGCGUGACCGAGUCGCUGCUCGCCGUCACGCCAACUGAGAGUAUCAAGACGACUCUCAUCGACGACCGCAAAUCCGCCAAUCCGCGCCUGCGCGGCUUCCUCCACGCGGUGCCCAUCAUCGCGCGCGAGCGCGGCAUCCGCGGCUUCUUCCAGGGUUUCGUGCCGACCACGGCGCGGCAGGCGGCCAACAGCGCGACGCGCUUCGGCUCGUACACGGCGCUCAAGCAGCUGGCCGAGGGCUACACUGCGCCCGGGGAGAAGCUGGGCGCGGUGGGGACCUUCGCGAUGGGCGGGCUGGCCGGGCUGAUCACGGUGUACGUCACGCAGCCGCUCGACACGGUCAAGACGCGCAUGCAGAGCAUCGAGGCGCGGAGCUUGUACGGGAACUCGUUCCGGUGCGCGGCGAUCAUCUUCAGGCAGGAGGGCGUGUUGACUUUCUGGAGCGGGGCGCUGCCGCGGCUGGCCAGGCUGAUUAUGAGUGGCGGGAUUGUGUUUACGAUGUAUGAGAAGAGCAUGGAGUUGAUGGAUCGGUUGGAUCCGGAACGGAAGUAUAUCUGA